ACCCUAAACCCUAUUCCCUAAACCAUAUACCCUGAACCCUAUUCCGUAACCCCUAUACUCUAUUCCAUAUUCCCUAACCCCAAUACCCUAAACCCUAUACCCUAACCCCUAUACGCUAGUCCCAUACCCUACCCACACCCUAUUCCCACACCCUACCCCUGUCCUAUCACCUCAUCCAGUACCCCAGCCUCUCUACCAGGGAGAAACCAGUCUACAGCGUCAAGUUCUCCAGUACUAGCAGGUCCAGUCGUCAUCAUGUUCUAUGGGUCGUCCUCUACCUCGGGGGCCUCCAUGUCGCUGCCCUCCAAGAGCCGUCUCAAACGCCAGAGCAGAACUUUCACGCAGGUUCUGUACCGGACUCUGAGUUACCGGGAUCGUCCCCCGGCCGACCACAUCUCCCGAGACCGCCGCUCCGUCACCGAACCCCCCGACGACGACCGUCCCCGUGACGACCCCGCGGAACUCUCCACCCAGAGCUCCGCCCCCGGCGUCCUGAAGAUCUUCGGAGAUGAGAUCUGCGAGGGCGCCAACUACAAGUCCGUCCUCGCCACGCCCCGGUCCAGCGCACAGGAACUGGUCAAAGAGGCGCUGGAACGCUAUUCGCUGAACAAAGCCUCCGCCCACUCCUACGUCCUCUGCGACGUGAUAGGUCAGCUGGAGGGGGGAGGAGGUGGAGGUCAGGAGGGAGGAGAGGGGGAAGGAGUAGGACAGGGGGGAGGAGGGGGGUGGAGGACGGAGUGUCUGCGGGCGAUGGGCGACAACGAGAAGCCGUUGUUGUUACAGGAACUAUGGAAGCCCAGAGAGGGACAUGCCAGGAGGUUUGAGCUGCGGAGGAGAGCGGAGGUAGAGGAGCUGAACGCUAAGGAGAAGGACACGGUUACUGCAGGACCCAAAACACCCCCCUUCCUCGCAGCCCUAAUGGUCCGGUCUGGCCUAGGUAGAAUCAUCUCCUCCCCUCUGCGUUCCGGCCGGGUGGUACAGCCCAACACCCCUGGCUCUAAAGGUGGGCGUGGCCGGGUGGUACAGCCCAACACCCCUGGCUCUAAAGGUGGGCGUGGCCACAGGUUGCUGUGGGACUGCCUGGUGUACCUGUUGAACAGAGAGCAGCACACUGUGGGUCAGGAGACCCCGUCAGCCCGUCCAAACAUCUGCCUGUCCUCUCCUGACAUCCUGCCACUCCACUGUCGCCUCCACCGGGUCCCUGCCCCCCGUCGCCAUGACAGCGCCCCCAACAACAACAACAACCCCUCAGCAGCCGCCGCCGUCACCGGGGACGACCGCUCCUGCGUUGCCGUGGAGCCCAUCCCCCACGCGACGGUCCUGGUCAACUUCUCCCGGUGCGAGCAAUCCACCCAGCUCCGCCACGGCGACCUCCUGUCGUUCGGAGCCCACUACAUCUUCCUGUAUAAGGACCCAACGGGUGCCAAACCACUCCCCGCCCAGACGCUGGCACGCCUCCGAACCCUGGGGCAGCUGUACGAGGCUGGGGGAGUGGGGUUGGAGACGGAGGGCGGGACGGAGGGGGGAGGGACCUGUAAGACGUGUGGCUCGUUGUUAAAGGACAGGGGGGCGUUGUCCUCCCAAACCGGCCCCCCCGCCAGGCGCAGUUUCAAACCGCACCUGGUGAAACCCCAAGGCGGGGGGGCGGGGGGGACAGGCGUCGUAACGACGAUCUUGGCGGGACAGAACCAGAAGAGACGCCUACAGCUGGACUUUGAGCAGGCCCACGAGGACGCCCUGGUGAGCAGGAUCAUGUCUCUGAUCGAGCCGGGCGGAGACGACCACAAGUUAGCCCCUGCCUACCUGCUGUGUCUCUGCAUACAGCACUCUGCUUCCGCCUUCCCACCAGGCUGCUUCGGCAAAUUGCUGCUGAAGAUAGUACGAUGCAUACAGACCGUCUCCUGGACUGUUGGUGGUCGGAGCACAUCUCUGGAGUCUCUGGAGUCUCUGGAGUCUCUGAGUCUGGAGUCUCUGAGUCUCUGGAUCUCUGAGUCUGGAGUCUCUGAGUAUCUGGAGUCUCUGGAGUCUCUGGAGUCUCUGGAGCCUCUGAGUCUGGAGUCUCUGAUCUCUGAGUCUCUGGAGUCUGGAGUCUCUGAGUCUCUGGGUCUCUGGGUCUCUGGAGUGUCUAGGUCUCUGGAGUGUCUGAGUCUGGAGUCUCUGAGUCUGGAGUCUCUGGAGUCUCUGAGUCUCUGGAUCUCUGGAGUCUCUGAGUCUCCGAGUCUCUGGAGUCUCCCAGUCUCUGAAUCUCUGGAGUCUCUGAGUCUGGAUCAGGACCCGGCCUCCCUGUCUCUCCUGUCCAUCAGUGAUCUGAUCCCAGACCUGCAGGUCGUAUUCUUCUGGAUGUCCAACAGUAUAGAGAUCCUCUACUUCAUCCAACAGAAGGCCCCAGCAUACACACAGGGCAUAGAGACGCUCGACUCUAAAGGUUCCAAGGAGUCGUUGCUAUCGGCGACCAUCUCAGCCAAUGAGGAGGCUAUGACCAUCCUGGAGGAAGUGAUCAUGUACACCUUCCAGCAAUGUGUCUACUACAUCACCAAGUCCCUGUACGUAGUACUUCCUGGUCUACUGGACUGUAACCCGUUCCCAGUGGACAGCUCUGAACCCUGCUGGAGAGGAGGUACAGGAUUUCCUGAGCCCGUUCGCAGGGUCCUGCAGGUGUUCCAGUACAGUCAGGAGCUACUCCAGGGCUACCAGGUCCACCCAGAGGUCCAGGCCCAGAUGUUCUCCUACCUCUUCUUCUUCUCCAACGUAUCUCUCUUCAACCAGCUCAUGGACAAGGGUCCGUCGCGGGGCUGGUUCCAGCGCUCUAAGGUUCUCCAGGUACAGGCCUGUGUCAGGAUGGUUCUAGAGUGGACUAGGAAGGCGGGGCUUAGUUACCUGGCAGACAAGUUCUUCAACAAGUUCAACAGCGCUGUCAGCAUCCUGGCCACACCUCCUCAGCAGCUAACACAGAUGAGUUGGAAGGUGCUGUGUGCGGACCACCCCAGUCUGAAGCCGGUUCAGCUGCAUGGCCUGUUGACCCAGUACCAGUUGACAGCUGAGAUGGGGCCUGUUCCAAUCUGGCAGCCCAGCAGUGAGGAUGAGGCAUACAUAUACAGGACAGUGGACCUUUUGGAGAGUUUCGAGAACCACCCUCCCAUCGUCCUCCCCAGCGGGGGGUUCAGAGUGGACCUGGACAGUGACUGUCUGGAGGACAGCAUCUAUAGGCAGCUGCUCUAUGUCAAACACUUCCUCUGGGGGCUGCGCACACACACUCACACACACCCCACUGUCAACAACACACACACUCACACACACCCAGCUGUCAACAACACACACACUCACACACACCCAGCUGUCAACAACACACACACUCACACACACCCAGCUGUCAACAACACACACACUCACAAUCACACCGCGGUUAACGGGACUGGAACGAGCACGAGCACCGGGACGAGUACCACACCCGCAGACUGGCAGGAAGCACAGAGGGAGUUCCCUCCAUCCCACAACAGUCCCCGGUCAGGAGGGGUGGAGGAGUGGGUGAGGGACAGAACCCCAGGCCAAUCUCACAACAGUGUGAGGAGAAAUGGCACCGCCCCCCACCUCCGGCCGACCACCCAGGACCCUUCGUGCCUCCUGACUUCGCCCAACACGCCCCGGAACCCCGAGGGGGGUGGGGCUGACCUGGUUGGACACGCCUCCCAGGUCAACGGCUGCAGUCAUAGCAGACCUUCAACGAACGGGAAGAAAAGCAACGGACUAGAGGGUAAAGACUCCUGUUUAUAUACGGGUAACAUACACAACGGACUAGAGGGUAAAGACUCCU